AUGACUUCGGUAGCAGUGCAGACUGAUAUCAAGGAGGAUGAUGAGACGGUGUUGAACUCCAUCACUAUGGGCAUUUUCACGGAUAUACUGAAUAUUUUGGACGACGAAAAUCACAAGAUUUAUUAUGAUCUCAGCGAAAGUUGCGCUUAUGUUGGUUCUAAGUGGAGUGUGGAUGCGGAUGCUGGGGACCAGCCUCGGGAUUGCUUGCCAUCUGUUGAGUCACAACAAGUAAGCACCCUUUCCUUAAACUUUAUCAUGUCGAAGACUGAGCAAAUGUAA